AUGUCGCUCUCGUCCUUCUUCUCGUCCUUCCUCGAAACCGUGCACGCCGACGCCCCGGAGGAGAAGCCCGAGGACAAGGAGCCCGCGCAGGAGGAAGCCCAGGAGCAGGAGCCCGAGGAGGAGGAGGAGCCUGAAGACAUCUUCCCCAAAAUCCAGGAUGAGUGCGCGGAGACGGCCAAGUGCGCGCCUCUCGCGAAGCACUUUGCGCAUUGCGAGGAGAAGGUGAACGCCGGCGAGGGCUUCAAGGGCGAGGACUGCGUCGAGGAGUUCAUGAUGCACUGCGUCAACGGCUGCGCCGCGCCAAAACUCUUCGCCGAGCUCAAGUAG